CUCGAACACUCCUCUCUGCGGAUGACUCGGAUGCCGUCGCCGCCGCCUUGAUGCCUGCUAUCAGCGCAGGAAAAAUUUCCACCUCUAGAACAACUUUCAAGAAAGCGCUUUCGAAUCCUGUACCAGACACUGGCCUUCCUCCUCCAAGUGGUGAUACAAUAUACUUCGUCCCACCACCAAUUACUGCAUUUCCUUCGGUAAUCCAUCAGUCCCAGGAGUACCACGCUGCAGCGAUCACUGGCAAGUCUAUCAGCGCGAUUUCUGUGUCAACCUUCACCCCAUUGCCACCACUACUCUCUCUUGAACCCACACCAACCGCAGACAAUGAGCAUGCUAUUGUAAUAACGCCUGUUCCUUCUCGGAUGAGUUCAACUCAGUCCCACAGUACUGUCCCAUCAGCGCAAGUCCAACGUCCCUCGCCUUCGCAUCAAAUUUCAAAAUCGGUAAUAAUUGCACUUUCUGUCGUUGGAGGUGUCGUAUUACUUGGGGUAUUCAUCCUGAUAAGGCUUUUGAGACGUCCCCGCCGCCGCAAGUGUCCAACACCCUCUCUCCCCAUUCUCCAGGAUGGUGCCUUCCCAGAUCACUUUGGGAGCGAGGGGUCCGGAUCCCCGGUUUUUGGAGGCAAGGAGCGAUUCUCCCCCUCGCUGGGGAAUGCACGAGGAAAUACGGGGCUCUGGACAUGGACUCAGUAUCACUCCGGAAUUCCAAAGCCGGCGCCAACUGUCACAGUCUCAAAGUCAUCGUCAGGCGAACCCGUGAAAGGAUCAAGCAGUCAAGAGAACUUGCUUUCCGAGAAAAGUACCUCUCAAAACCAAUACUCUUUCACUGGGCAAGGCAACUUUGGACAAAGGACCCAACCGCCUCUACAGCCUAUCCAGAAUGCAAUCACUCGCGCGGUCUCUCGGCUCUCCACCGUCUCUAUGUCCCUUUACCCAAACUCGCCGGCCAACACUACUUAUUAUGGUGCGAUGAACGUGGGUGUAGCCAUCGAGAGCGCGACGCCUCUGACAGGUGAUGGACAAACUAUGGCACGUGCAAAGGACAGGGUUGCAGCAGGACGCGCGCGCAAUAGCAUGGUCGCCCUUCCUGACGCCAAAGACGCAUCCACGCUGCGACGCUCCCAGAGCUAUGCUUACGGUGGAAUGGACACUACCCCAACCUCACCUGGAACCGGGAGAAGCGCGCAGAACGGGGGCCGUACGCGCAUCAAAUCAUCAUAUUACACACCUGGCUCACAUCCUCGUACCUCCGUAGCUCCUUCGACAUGGUCAAAAGACCGCGGACAGCAAGAUGGUCUCCACUCUGAUCGCACUUAUGGAUUGCAACGUUCUGAGUCUCAUCGAGGCCGUGAGACACAGGCGCUGACAUGUGCUCUUGGACUAGCUUCGCCUGUCCCGCCAUCCCCUCAUCCAACACUAUAUCCGGAUGAUUCCAUGAGUGUGAUUGGAGAAGCAAAGAAGGUCACCGUGACAGGCACGCGCAGCCAAAAGAAACCAGUUCCCAAAGCUAUGCCCAAUCACGACAAGUCAUCUUCUCCUGACUCUGCGGCGCUUGGAAGUUUGAUGAUGGUGGACUUUGCGGCAUCAAAGUCGACUGCAUCACUAGUAAACAUACGUCCGUCCGAAGCAGCCAGAGAGAUGCAAGAGACGCAAACUCAGGGAGGGCAGAAUUCGGGGGGGUUCGGUCAACCGAAGACGAGCUUGAAGAAGAGAGUGGAGGACAGACCACCACGUGUUCCAUCACCUCCACCGUUGCCAUCGCUUGCACAGAUGGCACUUGCUCACGCAAACCCCGAAGCGUAUGCUGAUUACCACAGCCCGACGUACAGCAUUUACGGGUUGUAUGAUGGAGAUAGGAAAAGUCGCGGGAUGUCAUUUGGAUACUGAUUUAGAUUGAUUCGCGUACAAGCUAUACGACAGAGUGUCACCUACUAUAGUUUUGUAUGCCAGGGGAUUGUACGUUUGUGGUUUCCGCGCGCUGAGCGCUGUAGCGCUGAAUUCAGGUCACUGUCAAGCAAGUGCUAGCAAGUGUGGACCUGGUCGACCUUGGCGGUCUUAUCUGUUGAAUCGGUCAGGAACCGUUCUCGGCAAGUCAAUGAAAUUGACAGCUGCACAUGUG